UAUACUGGACCAAUGAGACGGCAGUGAAUGUUAUUGUGGCGAAGAAGCGCCGAGCGGUAAACGCUGUAAAGAAAUUUAUGAAAGAUACAGAGCACUCGUUUUGUUUUUAGCGCUUACAUUUUUAUUUUUAUUUGAUUAUUGCUGAGGAUGCCGUAUGCUAACCAGCCGACAGUGAAAAUCACAGAGCUGACGGACGAAAAUGUGAAGUUUGUAAUCGAGAACACGGACCUGGCGGUUGCCAACUCCAUCAGGCGAGUGUUUAUGUCUGAGGUUCCAACCAUCGCAAUCGACUGGGUUCAGAUCGACGCCAAUUCUUCAGUUCUCCAUGACGAGUUCAUCGCGCACAGAGUGGGGCUCAUACCGCUGACCAGCGAUGACAUCGUAGACAAAAUGCAGUACUCAAGGGACUGCACAUGCGAUGAUUUCUGUCCAGAGUGCUCAGUCGAACUCACACUGGACGUGAGAUGCACGGAAGAUCAGACACGUCACGUGACUUCACGGGAUCUGCUGUCCAAUAACCCUCGAGUUAUCCCCGUGACGUCCAGAAGUCGGGAUAAUGACCCCAACGACUACGUAGAACAGGAUGACAUCCUGCUGGUGAAGCUCCGAAAGGGCCAGGAGCUCCGACUCCGAGCGUACGCCAAGAAGGGCUUCGGGAAGGAACACGCCAAGUGGAACCCGACAGCAGGGGUGGCCUUCGAGUACGACCCAGAUAACGCGCUGAGACACACAGUGUACCCCCGUCCUGAGGAAUGGCCGAAGAGUGAGUACUCGGAGCUCGAGGAGGAAGAAGUCCAAGCUCCAUACGACCCCAACGGCAAACCAGAGCGGUUUUACUAUAACGUCGAGUCGUGCGGUUCUCUCCGGCCCGAGACGAUCGUGAUGUCUGCGCUGGCCGUGCUCAAGAAGAAACUGAGCGACCUGCAGACACAGCUGAGCCACGAGAUCCAGAGUGACGUCCUCACCAUCAAUUAAGCAGAGUUAGGAGAGCGUUUGACUGCAGCGUAGUGUCAAGUUCAUGCACUCGAGGAGGGAGAGAGAGAGAGAGAGAGAGGUGUACUUUUUUUGUGUUUUGUGGAGAGAUGUACAGCAGGAUGUGGGUUUAUAUAUUUUGUACUUGUUGGAUGUGGGUGGUGGGGAGCUCUUGCUGAUGAAUCCGUGAAUAAAUAGUCUUGAUAAAUGCAAAACUGGAUUUCGAAUUUAAUUAUAUUCACUGCAUUUGAGGGGGAAAAACACGGUUUAGUGGGCAAGGUUUUGUAAUAUUGAGCAAAAUGUUGUAGGUACUGUUGGGCCUUGAGUGAGACGUUUAAUCGAUAACUGCUUGGCUGAGAGCUUAGCGUGCUUUCAUAAUAUUUUUUCUUCCAGAAAUAGUGCCAGCUAACAAUGCACAACUGGUCAGAAGAUGAACAAGAAUGAAACAAAUGCACUCCUGAGAGCUCCUGUGCAGCCAUUUGCUCAUUUACUUUUGCUUUAGUGAACUGUUUGGGGAAAAGCUAGAAACCAGGAAAUUCACUUCUAUAGUCUUCUUGUACGCAAAGGUAAAAUCAUGAUAAUGAUUAAAAUGUAUGAUGUCUGAGUGUACAAAAUUUUCCAAAAAUAUCUUCUGGAAUUUAAUUUUUUUUUUGUUGU